AUGGUUAUGCAACUAAUUGCGGGACUCACCGAGGGUGAAUAUGACACCGUCGCUGCUAUCGUCUCCCAAUCCGAUCCAACCCCAAGUUUCAACAAAUCUCGGCCGAUGUUCUUGUUGGAGGAAACCCGUAAAAACAAGCAAAAAGAAAACGGCCAACAAGCUUAUGUUGCAGCCGCCGCUAACACCACGUCACCACCGCCGCAGGCGGCUGACCAGUCUCGUAGUGCUGGUGGUGGCAAGGGUGGUGGCAGAGGGAAGGCGGCCCCUCAAUGGGGAGCCCAACCCGGUUGGGUCCAGCAGCCUGGUCAGUGGGCCUCACCACCCUGCCCUUACCCAACUGGGCCUGCUAACCCACAACAGCAGUAUCGUGCAGCUCCACCUUCCAUCUUGGGCCCGCGAUCUCAGCAAAACCAAGCAUACUAUGUGGGCUCGGCCCAGUCAAGCUACGGGCAGCUUAUGUCGCCGACCGAUUUUGGUCAGGACUACAGUUCGAUGAGCUUGCAAUCCCCCAACAAUGGGUGGUAUAUGGACACGGGGGCAACAUCACACAUGACUCGUGAUUCGGGUAAUCUCUCUAAACUGUUUAAUUUGAGUAUUCCUCAAUUUAUUUUAGUUGGUGGUGGCAAACGUAUUCCAAUGCAUGGUUAUGGCAAUUAUACCACUCCCUCCCCUAAACCUUUCCACCUCAAAAAUAUCCUAUAUGUUCCUAAUAUCAUUAAAAAUUUAAUCUCUGUUAGGAAAUUCACUUGUGAUAAUUCUGUUUCUAUUGAGUUUGAUCAUCUCGGUUUUUCUGUGAAGGACCUUCUUUCGGGGACAACUCUAGUGAGGUGCAAUAGUGUGGGGGACCUCUAUCCUUUCUCUUCAGUUUCCGCUCCCAAUGACAAUAGUCAUUUAUCUCUAGCUGCAAUUUCUCCUUCAGUUUGGCAUCAUAGACUUGGACAUCCCGGCGAUUAUGCCCAGCUACAAAAUGGCCCAACUUCAAUCCCCAACCCCACUGCUGAUCCGCAUCCUCCAAACUCCCCCCAACAGCCUACUCCACAGGUGGGUCGCGGGAGUGACCAGCAGGCCCCAGCCCACCUACGGACCCCUCAGCCCAGUCCGCCCCCAUCACCCUCUAGCCCACCUCCCUCUCCUAUUUCACCCUUUAUUCAAUUUGGAUCUCUUCCAAGCCCCACCCCAAUCAUCACUCCUACUUCUAGGACCACUGUUCAGCCUUCCCACACUAUGACCACUCGUGCUAAGGACGGAAUUUUUAAGCCGAACCCCAAAUAUCAAGCUACUAUUAUGGUUCAUGCUAUUUCCCCUCAUCCUAAAAAUUCGAAAUUAGCCAUGCUUGACCAUAACUGGAAUGCCGCCAUGACUGAGGAAUUUAAUGCUCUUACUAAACAGCAUACUUGGGAUCUUGUUCAAUUCCAAGACCAGAAGGGGGAAAAUGGUGAAUUAGAGAGACACAAAGCAAGACUUGUUGUGAAUGGCAAGUCUCAACAGGUUGGUGUGGAUUGUGAUGAGACAUUUAGUCCCGUGGUGAAACCAGGGACUAUUCGCACAGUUUUGAGUAUUGCUAUGGGUAGGGACUGGCCUAUUCAUCAAUUAGAUAUCAAAAAUGCGUUUCUUCAUGCUUCCUCAGAACGACUCAAGUGUGAUAUUAUUGAUCUUCUAAAGUCCGAAUUUUCCAUGACUGAUUUGGGUAAAUUGAGUUAUUUUCUGGGAAUAUCUGUAACCAGAAAAAAGGACUCCAUGAUUCUUUGUCAGAGUAAGUAUGCAGAGGAAAUUAUUCACAGGGAAAAGAUGGACAAUUGCAAACCGGUUGUCACACCCGUUGACACUAAGUCGAAACUUGGGGCUCACGAUGGUGAGCCAAUGAAGGAUCCCUCUCUUUACAGGAGUCUUGCAGAUAUAUCAAAGGCUCUUCAGACCAUGGACUACACUUAUACCGUUCUGCUCCUACGAGACUUAUUUCAUACACAGAUUCGUCGCUCCACUUCAAGGUAUUGUGUUUAUUUGGGUGACAAUCUUGUCUCGUGGUCUACAAAGCGACAGGCUACAUUGUCCAAAUCCAAUGCCGAAGCAGAAUAUAGAGGUGUCGCUAAUGUUGUUUCUGAAUUGUGUUGGCUCCGGAAUCUACUUCUUGAGUUACAUUGCCCUAUCGGACGGGCAUCCUUGGUUUAUUGUGAAAAUAUCUCUGCCAUAUAUUUGUCCAGCAAUCCGUUACAACACCAACGUACCAAACACAUUGAGAUGGACAUUCAUUUUGUACGCGAUAAGGUCGCUCUAGGUGAGAUCAAGGUCUUACAUGUUCCAUCCUCAUAUCAAUACGCAGAUAUUUUCACUAAAGGGUUACCUCGCCAACUAUUCCUUGAUUUCAGAUACAGUCUCAGCGUUCGUCCUCCUCCCGCUUCGACUGCGGGGGUGUGA